AUAAAUAUUGGAACAAGCUUAAAACUACCUUUAAUGAAGCUGUAAUUCUCGACCCAAAUAACAAGCUAAUACCAUUCAAUAAUGAAGAAGAAAGAUCAGAAACUUCUCAUGGUUAUUUUUGUAAGAAAUAUAGUGUAUCUAUAAAUCAUAAUGAUAUUCUUAAAGAAUAUCUUGAUUUACCUGUUAAAAAAAUUAAUAUUCUUGAUUACUAG